UGUCCAUUGGGGGCCAUGGCCUGGGUGCCUGCCUGGGUCCCACCAUCCAGAUCGGGGAGGAGACGGUGAUCACAGUGGACGCCAAAGCGGCCGGGCAAGGGAAGGUGACCUGCAAAGUGUCCACCCCCGACGGCGCCGAGCUGGACGUGGACGUGGUGGAGAACCACGACGGCACCUUCGACAUCUACUACACAGCGCCCGAGCCUGGGAAAUACGUGAUCACCAUCCGCUUCGGCGGCGAGCACGUCCCCAACAGCCCCUUCCAUGUCCUGGCCACAGAGGAGCCCCCAGCCACCGCUGAGAACCUGCGGCCCUUCAACUUGGUCAUCCCCUUCACCGUGCAGAAGGGCGAGAUCACAGGGGAGGUGCGGAUGCCCUCGGGGAAGACGGCGCGACCCAACAUCACUGACAACAAGGAUGGGACGGUGACCGUGCGCUACGCGCCCACUGAGAAGGGCCUGCACGAGAUGGACAUCCGCUAUGAUGGCAACCACAUCCCUGGGAGUCCCCUCCAGUUCUAUGUGGACGCCAUCAACCCCCGGCAUGUGAGCGCCUACGGGCCAGGCUUGAGCCAUGGGAUGGUCAACAAGCCUUGUACUUUCACCAUCGUCACCAAGGAUGCCGGCGAGGGUGGGCUCUCGCUGGCGGUGGAAGGGCCUACCAAGGCGGAGAUCACGUGCCAGGACAACAAGGACGGGACGUGCACCGUGUCCUACCUGCCCACGGCGCCGGGGGACUACAACAUCAUUGUGCGCUUUGACGACAAGCACAUCCCAGGCAGCCCCUUCACUGCCAAGAUCACCGGGGACGACUCCAUGCGGACGUCCCAGCUCAACGUGGGCACCUCCACGGACGUGUCACUGAAGAUCACGGAGACGGACCUGAGCCUCCUGACGGCCAGUAUCAGAGCCCCGUCCGGCACCGAGGAGCCCUGCCUGCUCAAGAGGCUGCCCAACCGGCACAUCGGUAUCUCCUUCACGCCCAAGGAGGUGGGUGAGCACGUGGUGAGCGUGAAGAAGAGCGGGCAGCACGUCACCAACAGCCCCUUCAAGAUCCUGGUGGGGCAGUCGGAGAUCGGGGACGCCAGCAGGGUGAAGGUGUGGGGCAAGGGGCUGGUGGAAGGUCACACCUUCGAGGUGGCUGAGUUCAUCGUGGAUACACGCAGCGCCGGCUAUGGCGGGUUGGGCCUGUCCAUCGAGGGCCCCAGCAAGGUGGACAUCAACUGCGAGGAUGUGGAGGACGGGACCUGCAAGGUCACCUACUGCCCCACCGAGCCCGGCAACUACAUCAUCAACAUCAAGUUCGCUGACAAGCAACACAGAGGGGGAACACACGGGGGCCCCUUCACGGUGAAGGUGACAGGCGAGGGCCGCAUGAAGGAGAGCAUCACGCGCCGGCGGCAGGCGCCCUCCAUCGCCACCCUCGGCAGCACCU